AUGCCAGCUCCCAUUGUGCCAAUUAUUCGAACAAGGGAUUACUCCUUGAAGCCAGUGACAGGUCUGAGAUAUGGCAACUUUGAGGGUGUGGUUCACUUGCCACCAUUGGUUCAAGGUCCCAGGGUGGGUAUGCAAAAUUUCUCCCUGAUCAACAACCAACAGAUCUACAGGAAGGUGACUGAAUGGUUUCAAACAUGGCGACCAUGGCAGCAGUGUGUUCUCCUUUGUGGAAUAGCAGACAGGUGCACAGUUCGACAAUUAGACAUGUUAGCAACCUCACUAGAACCUGUCAAGCAUAGGGACUUCACUACAGCUCAUCUACUAAGAUAUCCAUCAACUCCAUUUAGGACACUUAAAUUGAGACAGGGUAAAGGCACUUCAAAAGAGACUCUGAAUGACAGCCUGUCAGAAAUAUCUGAUUUGUACACUGAUGAAUUCAGUGAGCUGGGGACACCUGAGUACCAGACACUGAGUCCACUGAAGCAGUAUGAUGACACAGGAUCAGCCAGCUCUGAUGAUGGCAUCACUAACUACACACCAUCACUGUCUCCUUCUCUGGACUCGGAAAUUGCUCCUAAGAAGACCGGAGGUCGGUACCCCCGUCUGGAGGUUGUUCACGAACAUGCUGUCUUUAAUAACCCCCUAAAGCCACAACCUGUUUUACCUGAUGUUGAAAACUAUGCAGACAAACUUUCUACUGCUAUCCUAGACAGUGUCAUGGGAGAUUUGAGAAAACAACGAGUAGCUGAAGAACAGCUGAUUAAAAAGAUGCGACAAAAAGCCAAAAGCAAAACUAUGAUUCAGUAUCAAGGAGGAUUUUCUUUUCAAAAAGGAAGAAAGGUACAUUCAAUGCCAAACCUAAAGCUGUCUAAUGUUUCAGAGUCCUUUCCACAAACAUCAAAGUUUAAAUCUCAAGCAGGUAAAAAUUCGAAAGUGAAGGUGAAAAGAAUGAAGAAUGGGGGUGUACCACAAGUUUCAAAGGGACGAAAUGUGACUCUGGCACCAAUGUCUCGCAGUGAUUUUAUUUGGAGGGAGCAUACACGAUUUUCAGACAUUUCUCAGAUUUCUAAAAGAAGUGUUAGUUUUGUAAGACAUCAGAUGUUUGGCAGGACCACCGUCAGCACUCCAGACUUCUUCAGUACAGAAGGUGUAGAGAAGUCAGGUGAAAUGCAAAGAGGGGUGCGGUUUAGUGCUAACUCCAAUACAGCAGUGGUGGGUUCCCUCCCUGUUCCUCUACAGAGUAUGUACAAAGGAUAUAAAUGGUGGCCUGCACAACCGCAUGAGGGCAUGCAUUACCGAAAACCUUCAAAGAGGGAUCUCCUGGCCAACUACAAACAACAACUGACAGAAAUAUACUCAUGGUUGGGAGAGUGGGAAGAUUAUGAGAAAAUUAAUCUUCUCAAUGUUAUCCUCAAAAUAUCAAGCCCAGAUGCCUUGAACUUUCUGAUGAGCUACAUCAAACAGAAAUUACGAGAUGCCCGUGAUAUUAACCGCCUGUCAGACAAGUUACUGCUUUUCACAUUCUCCUAUCUCCAACCAAGAGAUAUCUGUUUGGCUGCACAAGUGUGCAGAAGAUGGCGAUACUUGUGUGCUACAGAUUCACUGUGGAUGGUUAAGUGUCAUGAGUUAGGUGUGGAGGAAGGUAUAGAGAACAUGGAAGAAAUUGUUGUGAAUGCUAACAUCAACAAGAUGGGUAUCGACUGGCGACUUGCAUACAUAGAACUAAGACGCAUCACAACUGUCACUCGCAAAGCUAAGGAACGAGCUGCUGCUGAAUAUGAAGCAGAGAGACAGCGACGAAGGGAAGAAGCAGCGACGCCCAGUGAAUCGGGGAGUGUUCCAGUCUCCCCGUCCCUAUCAACAUCACUGCCCCCCAUGGAGGGGGCUCCAGGAGCAGGGAUAGAGGAACUAGAGAUCAAGUGUGGAACAAUGUCCAGUAUCAAACUGGAUGACCAGAAUAAGAUGGUCCAGUGGAAGAAGAUUGAGAGAGAAACAAGUGACCUGUGUAGCAGUGUAAUAUCGGAGGACCUGUCACAAUACAGGGACUAUGUAUUCCAGUCUACUGAAGAUCAGCCUGUCAUCCGGAGGAACAAGUUACCUUAUGACUGGCGACGGAAGCAGCAGACCAACAGUUUAGGAGGUGUAGUAGAUGAGGACGGCAACUCAUUGCCUUCUCAACCUUUAGAGCUGAAGAAAGAGAGAGUUAGAUCUGAGGACAUGCAGUUUCAGAUCAUGCGUGCUGACACUGGUGUGAAAUUUUUGACAGCAAAAGUGAAAGAGAAAAAUCCGACAAAGAAAAAGUUUGAGGUCAAAGAGAAAGCAUAUGACAUAAGGACAGAACUUCGACAAGCUAGUGACCUCCUGGGGAAGACUUUUCCCAGUAUGCAGUUGGAGUGGCAGAAGCCCAAUCAGGAUGAUAAGGGUUCCCUCAAGUCCAUGAAAUCCACCAUGACUAAAUCAUCAUCCAUGACUGGUCGUUACAUCGGCGUGGUGAAGAGUGUACGAAGGGUGAGAAAACUACAGGGUCACAUGAAUGGUGUGUUGUGUGUCCAGUUUGACAAAAGACGAUUGAUAUCGGCCGGACUUGACCGAACCGUCCGUGUGUGGGAUAUUCGAAGUGGUCGCAGUAUACAUAAGUUGUACGGCCAUAAGGGAGGGAUCAGAUGUUUACACUUUGAAGAGAACACGCUGAUCUCAGGCUCCUGGGACACUACCCUCAUCGUUUGGGACCUACGCACCUUUGAGAAGAGAGCUAUAAUGGACCAGCACACUGGCUGUGUUUCCUGUGUAACAAUGAACCAUGAAUACGUUGUGUCAGGCUCCCAUGAUCUGUCUCUAAGGGUAUGGUAUCGUCCCACAUACCAACAGUACAAGGUUCUACGUGGACACAAAGGACUGAUUAACUGUGUCGCAUUUGAUGGACAGAAUGUUGUUUCAGGUUCAAGUGACAUGACUCUGCGAUUGGUGAACAUCCACACUGAACAAUGUUUAUAUGUAUUUGAUGGAAGCCAGGACCAAGUAUUAACAGUGUCGAUUCAAGGGGAGUUAAUCUUGAGUGGGGACCUCCAGGGCCGAGUUUAUUUCUGGAACAAGACUUCGGGUGAAAGUGAAGCUGCUAUACAGGCCCAUGACAAACCUAUCUACAAGGUCCAUUACCAUCAAGGUCGUUUCCUCACAGCUUCAGGAGAUGGAACAAUCCGUGAGUGGGACAUGAUGACAAUGACCAGUGUUCGACUUCUCCAAGGCCAUCAAGGACCAGUCCGAGAUGCCAGGGUAUCCUCGGACCGGAUUGUCAGCUGCAGUGACGAUGGGACAAUUCGGAUCUGGGAUCUGUACGACAGUCGGAAACAAAACGGCGGUGGAUAUAUGGGCGAUGGUUGA